AAAGAUGCCGUGAGAAUGUGUGCAAUCUGAAAGUUAUUAAUUGAAUGCUUACGAGUGAUUCCUUCUUCUUGGCCAAAGGCAAGUUUGCCAAGGAAAUGGACACUUUAGAUAUAGAUCAGCUCUGAUGUCCACAUUUACACCCCAGGCCACCAAGCAAACAAUCCUAAUCCAGCAUAUUACCUGUGGCAAUAACCUGGAGAUGUCUCCUGUCGUGUGGGCUGCAGAGAGCUGCUGGGGUGCAUUAGGCAUAAGGUGACCCCAUUAGUUAACUCCCAGAAGGCAGAGAAGGACCGUCCUUAACAGCACAGCAUAGUGGUGAAGAGCUCACAGCUCAAACCCAGCUCUGGGUUUUUGGAUGAAUUAUGUCACUUCCUUGUGCUUAAGUCCUUUUCAUCCUUUAUUUGAUAAAAUGCAGAUGAUACUGAAUAGUCUUACUGUGAGAAUUAAAUGAGAUGAAGCUUUCAGACUAGUGCCUAGAUGGCUGUUUGCAUAUUAUCAUUAACAACUUGUUAACCACAUUCUUUCCUCCAGGGAAGGAAAGGAAAGGCUUGUCCAUGAUUUUAAACCAGGUCUCCACUCCACUGCCCCUCAAGUGAAAAUGUGAUAGAGGUGGCCUUAAAAAUUUUUGCAUGAUUGGGACACCUGAGUGGUUCAGUUGGUUAAGUGUCAGUCUCGUGAUUUCCUAUCAGGUCAGGAUCUCAGCGUCCUAACAUCAAACCCUGGUUAGGGCUCUAUGCUCAGUGUGGAGUCUCCUUGAGAUUCUCUUCCUCUCUCUCUGCCCCUCACCCUGUUUGUGCGAGCAUGCAGGAGUGCAUACUCUUUAAAAAUUUUUUUUAAAGUUUUGCAUAAUUGUAGGAAAUAGUGAAAAAUCCAGUUUGAAAGAAAAAUAAAAAUAGUUUGCCCAUUUGAAAUCGGCAGGGUAAGGAGCAGCCAUGGAACAAGUGGACUCUACAGUGGUCCCAUUAUGCCAUCUAGUGGACAGCAAAGGAAAGGCAUGAUUUUAUCUUCAAAGGUAGUAACUUACCCAAAACGUGUAUAUUGAUGAGAAUAAAAACUCACUAAUAGGUUCACAUGUCAAUAAAUUUCAUUCAAUUUUUAAACCAACAUAAAAGUUCAGAGUUCUAUACACUAAGUGCUAAAGUUAAAUUCUCAAAACCACUUAGGAGUUAUGUGAUGUAUGCUAGAAAGAUCAUCCACUGAAGGAAAAGAGAAUACACACCAGACCUUACUAGCAUGAAUUUUCACAGCCCACCUUGCCCAUUCUUCUUAUCCUUCUCCACCAACAUUCUUCAUGCUUAUUCUGGUACAUAUACUUGGAGUGCCCCAGAGACUCAGAGUGUACCUAAUCAAUGCACCACUAGCCCUUGAUUGGUACCAGAGCCAUUCUGCUCAUUUUCCAAGAAUGCAACUAUCACUUAAAAUUUUGCUGUAAUCGGCAGGAGCCACCUCUGCCAGCAACAUGUUCAAGGUAAUUCAGAGGGCUGUGGGGCCGGCCAGCCUGAGUCUGCUCACCUUCAAAGUCUAUGCGUCACCUAAAAAGGACUCACCUCACAAAGCUUCUGUGAAGGUUAAUGAGCUUUCACUCUACUCGGUUCCCGAGGGUCAUUCUAAAUAUGUGGAAGAGCCAAGGACCCCACUUGAGGAAAGCAUUUCACAUCUCCGACAUUAUUGCGAGCUGUAUAAAAGUUGUUGGUGUCAGGAAAUGUACUCCCAAACUAAGCCUAAGAUGCAGAGCUUGGUUCAAUGGGGGUUAGGCAGCUAUGAAUAUCUCCAAAAUGCACCUCCUGGAUUUUUUCCAAGACUUGGUGUUAUCAGUUUUGCUGGCAUUGUUGGACUUCUUUUGGCUAGAGGCUCAAAAAUAAAGAAGCUGGUAUAUCUGCCUGGAUUCAUGGGACUUGCUGCCUCUCUUUAUUACCCACAACAAGCCAUCGUAUUUGUCCAGGUCAGUGGGGAGAAAUUAUAUGACUGGGGUUUACGAGGAUACAUAGUCAUAGAAGAUUUGUGGAAGGAGAACUUUCAAAAGCCAGGAAAUGUGAAGAAUUCACCUGGAAAUAAAUAGAAUGCUGCAUGCUCUGCCCAUUUUAAUCAGUUAUAGGUAAACAUUGAAAACUCCAUGGGGUAAACCAAUAUUUCUACAGAAAAAUGGCAGAGAAGUCAGUACCGAAUGUAGUAAAUUGGCUUUCUUCUUCAGGAUAAACUAUGCUAGGCUUCUUUGUUAUCUUGGGUGAUACCAUAUUACAAGUGGACUAAUCGGAAAUCCUUUCACCUAGAGAGAAUGUCUAGCCUUAGAACUCGUUCUCAUGUUGUUAUUUAUGUACAUAAUUAAAAUUCCAAAUUAAAAAAAAUUUGCUGUAAUCAAAUUGACUGUUUUUCGAGGACCCAUGUGUUUGGUUUUGUUUUUCGCGCGUGUGUGUGCGCGCGCGUGCGUGCACAUGUUGUUUCCUUUCAAAGCCGUUUAUUACUUUUAUAGUUUGUUUUCUCCUCCAGAUAUUGAUGAGGGUGAAGACAAUGGCAAACAAAUCUCCUCAAAAGGUGAGUAAUAAUAGCAUAUUUGAAGUACCCACAGCUGUUCUGAAACCUUCUCUUUAGUAUUAUUGUCAUCACUAUUAACCAUAAUAAUAACAGGUGUUAUUUAUUAAAUUCCUAAGGUGUACCAGACAUUUUACUUUAUAAGCCCUUUUUUUAAUCUUGAUCUCAAAACUGCAAUGGAUAUUAUUAUCACUAUUGUUAUAGACAAGAAAACGGAUGCUCAGAGAGACCAAGUGACUUACCCAGGACCACACAGCUAGUAAAUGAGUGACAAAGUCAGAACUACCCUCAGGUCUCACUGACUCCAAAGUCUCUGCUCCUACCACUGGACAAUGGGCCUUUCAUUUAUUCACUCAUAGGAUCUGUCAGACUCUGAGCCCAAGAUUCUGGGGUCCCCUGAGUGCUGUCACCUUUAUAGGAACUAAGACUUAGUCCCUAAGACCCCUGAGAGCCCAUGGCCAGUGAAUCCAGGAGGAAGGGCUUCAAUAUGCAAAUGACAGAGAUGUAGCAAAACUCAGACUGGGAGCUGCACUUUUGUCCCCUGCACUUCCGGCUUUAAUAGAUGGACCUUCUUCAAGGUGUGCUGGUUCUGAGAAUGCUGAGUCUUUCCCAGGAGCUGGGGGGGCAGGGGGGAGGGGUACUGGGAGAAUAGGAUAUAGUCUCUGCUGCCAAGAGCCUGGGACCCACGGGGGAGACGCAGGAGGGCUCGCUCAGAGCAGCUGCCGUUUGUGUAAGAAGAAAUUCUGUCUUGAAGAGUCUUACAAGGUGAUUGUGGGGUAGCCCAUCACCUCCACAGUCCCUCUCCUCCUCUGUCUCCCAUAAUAGAAUGGGAUAGAAUAGAAUAGAACACAAUGGAGUAAAAUACAAUAGUAGACUAGAACAGACUAGAUCAGAUCAGAAUAUCAUACCUGUAAGGGGAAUAUUUUUCCAUAAACUUGUUUUCAUUUCAGAGAUGUGUUAUGUGUGUCCACUGUGUUGGAUGGAAAAUGGGCAUCUCUCUGGAGCUGCUUCUAAGGCGUAUAGACAACUUUGGUUUAGACUAAACUGGGCGGCCUGAGGGACUCCAGGCCUCCCCCACCCUCACCCAUGGUACCAGGAAUGAAGGAGGCCUUGUGUGCUGACAGUCCCCAGGCAGGAGGUGGCAUCUGGGUCAUGAAGCACUGGGAAGAUCAUUUCUUUCCAGGCUCAGGCAGAUCCUUCCUGAAGGCAGGAAAAGGCCCAGGUGACCUUGAAAUGAUGCAGUCAACCUGUGGCCAAAUGUGCAAGAGGUCCCCUUUGGCAGCCCUGUGCCGGGUUGAGGGUCCCCUUUCCUCUGGCUGGGCCCACAAGAGAGGGGAAACCCACUACCAGUGCCUGGUCGUCAUUUUACCCAGGUGUCACCUCCUGCAGAGUGGCUGGAACUGGCUGUCAGGUGUCUAAGCUGCACCAUCGCCGCCCAGUCCUGCCGCCCCCAGGCCCUGAGUGCUCCAUGGUUGCCUGAGGCCUCAGGCCAGGCCCCACCCCUGCCCUCCCAGCAGGUGGCUCUGGGGUCCCCCCCACCCCGCUUUGUCUGGGGCACUGAGGCCACGGACCCUGGAGACAUCGUCUUUCUGUUCAGACAGGGGGUUGGGGAGAGGGUGGUCCAGAGCAAUGUCUCCAGUGUCUUCCCUUAUAGCCUUUUAGCAAGACUGCCAUUCCUCAUCCUCCCUGUCUGCUCCCUGGUGUAAGGGGGUCUGGGUUGGAUGACUGCCCUAGAGAGAUGUCUCUGGGUGUUACUGUGGAUGGAUGCCCCUGAAUCCUGUCUGGGGGAGGGCAGUGGGAGGCAGUUCCCUGAACCAGUUUCUCCUCUACCCUCAACCCCUCACCCUACCAUGUCCUGGGACUAGAAAUCAAACCAGGUUUGCUGCAGUCUGAGAGCACUGUGUCCAGCUGCCUUACAAUCCUCCAGCAUCAGGUGGGGUCCCUGGAGGCCUUCAGGAAGGGGCUGCCUGGCUGCUCUGGGGAGAGCCCUCGGCCCCAGAAUGCAGCUUGGGAGGUCUCUGGGCAGCAGGUAUAAGCGUUCCCACAUGUGCCCUUCCUGCUCAUUGGUAAAACUGUGCCACCACCCCCAACUGUAGGCUCCUUUGGGAUUCCCGUGUCUAGGAUCCCCCACUCCCCAUGCCCUGCUAAUGCCCUUCAAGGCCUCACCCCAAUCUCCACCUGAACAGAAACUUGGUCCUACACUCAGAUUCCUGUGGGAUGGAUUACUCAGCUGCCGCUCAGCCAUUCAGUCAACAGAACUUGGCCAAAUGAUUAUUCCUCCCUCGUCUCAGUUUCUCAUCUGUGAAAUGGAGCUAAAGCUCUUACAGGGUUAUGUGAAGCUUAACUUUUGACCGACUGGCACUCCAGCAGGCAAAAAGAGUGGCUCAGUGUUUGGGGUGUUGCUGUUCCCCUCAGUGUCUAGCAGCCCCAGGGACAUGACAGGUGCACAGUGACAUGACUGGCCCAUUAAUGAAUCAAUUCAUUGGAGAGAGAGGCAGGAUGUACUUGCUUCUCUGACUUCCCGUGGGGACAGCAGUGACAGAGGUUACCAUGGUAAUGGGAAAUGGGCAGUAAUCAGGGGAGAGAAAAGGGGGCAAGGGGAAAAGAAGGGAGGGAAGAAGGAUGGAGGGCAGGAAGGUCGUCAAGCACAAAAAGACAAUGACCGUUUUUUUGGAGGACAAGGAGUAGGACUAUGAGCACCAUGUAGACAUGUCUUCUCAGUCACACACACUCACAGAAUUUUGAGCUGGGAGAGGGAAACUGGAGAUCACAGACCUCUACUUCCGCCCCCAAGGUGAGGCAGUCCAGGUCCUGGGAGAUUGGGAGUUAGAGAUGGGGGAGAAUGGGUUCUUGGGGACAGGAACUGCCUGGAACAUCGGCCAUCCCCUCCCCCACACAGCAGGUCAAAUUCUUCCCUUUCUCCAAGGCUGCUCCAGCAGAGAGUUCAUCUCCAUGGAAAC